AUGAGGUCUUCUUUGGCUCCCGGCAUUAGACUUAUCACGUCCUUCUCAAGAGAGAGCUGGUAAGUUGACACUAUCUUUGAAUUAUAUUGUGACACCCUUUAUGUAAACAAAACUAAAUGUAUUGCAUUAUACAGUAUGUACGUUGAUGAUGGGGGAGGGGAAACGGCGGUUUUGUCCCUAAUCAGCUAGACGUCAAUGAUUGGCGAGAGAUUUGGUGUCAUUCUAUCUAUGCAUUACUGACAUUCUAAGAUGGGUAGAAUGUUAGGAAUUAGUCACGUCUAGAUUUAAUUUGAGUGUUUCAUUAGGUAUAGUUAAACCCCAUAUUCAAAGAUGUAUUUUGCAAAAAGAAGCAUAGGCAAUCAGACUGACAAGCAUUUUACAUGCAAACAUCCUAGGUGAAGGCUGUUGGAUUUGGAAGGCUGUUGGAUUUCUAUAACAAUUAUGCAAUCAACAAAGCGUUCUGCAUUAUUGCUGUCACUGAUACAGUAUGCUCAAAGGUUUAAAGGUCACAGCAGGUUUAGUCUCAGGCACUACACUUCCUCCCGAAUGGCUGUGUCCGAAAUGGCACCCUAUUCCCUAUGUAGUGUACCACUUUUAACGAAUAACUCUCUGGUCAAGGACGCAUCCUAUGUGUUGUGUGCAGUUAGCCUGAGGAUGAGGAGGUUACACCAGGUUCUAAGUGAGGCGUUAACUGAAUCUAACUGUGGUAAAACCUGCCUUUCCACUCCAGGAAAUGUAAAGUCAAUACAGAGUGUGCACUGUGUGUGGGUUGUAACUAGCUGCCUUCAUGUGCAGUGUGCACCUAGUGUUAUGAGGUAGCUAGGUCCCUGUACUGCUCCCAGCACUGAAGAACUCUUCUGAAUACCCUGUUUUGUUUCCAUGUCAGGUUCCCACAAAAAAAAACAAGCUUAUGUGUACUGUACAGACAAGGCCAUGUGAGCCCAUGUGAGUGAUGGUUUUGUGUUCUCCUCAGAACCCUCUCCAGGAUGGUAGUUUGAAGCCUGCCUCUCUAUCUCUCUCCCCUCUCCCUCCCUCCCUCCUGGUCCUAUGAUACUAACAUCCCAUAAUACCCAAGCCCUGGAGACCUCUAGUCUAGACCAUGUGAAAGAGACUGUCCUAAAAACUGGAGAGGGUGUGCUUUGACUUACAAAGAGGACGAAGUUCAUGGCAUGGUAUUUGCUUUGGAUAACAUUAGAAUGAGCUCUUCUACUCUCUCUGUCCAGGUACCGAGGUUUCACCCUCUUCCUCACCUUCCUCUUCUAUACCAGCUACCAUCUCUCCCGGAAACCCAUCAGCAUCGUCAAGGUAAUACACUGACUCCAUAAACCUGUAUUAAACAUUAUUGUAAUUUAAGGCCACACUGUUCAGCUUUAUAUUGUAACAUCUCUAGGUGUUCUAGGCCACAAACGCCCUAGACCACUUGAGCCGCACUACAAUAAUUAGCAAUAUAUACUGAACAAAAAUAUAAAAGCAACAUGUAAAGUGUUGGUACCAUGUUUCAUGAGCUGAAAUAAAAGAUCCCAGAAAUGUUCCAGAUGCACAAAAAGCUUAUUUCUCUUAAAAUGUUGAGCACAAAUUUGUUUACAUCCCUGUUAGUGAGCAUUUCUCCUUUGCCAAGAUAAUCCAUCCACCUGACAGGUGUGGCAUAUCAAGAAGCUGAUUAAACAGCAUGAUCAUUACACAGGUGCACCUUGUGCUGGGGUCAAUAAAAGGCCACUCUAAAAUGUGCAGUUUUGCCACACAACACAAUGCCACAGAUGUUUCAAGUUUUGAGGGAGCAUGCAGACUGCAGGAAUGUCCACCAGAGCUGUUGCCAGAAAAUGUAAUAUUAAUUUCUCUACCAUAAGCCGCCUCCAACGUUGUUUUAGAGAAUUUGUCAGUACAUCCAACCGGCCUCACAACCGCAGACCACGUUUAACCAUGCCAGCCCAGGACCUCCGCAUCCGGCUUCUUCACCUGUGGGAUAGUCUGAGACCAGCCACCCGGACAGCUGAUGAAACCUAGGAGUAUUUCUGUCUGCCCUUUUGAGGGGAAAAAACGUAUUCUGACUGGCUGGGCCUGGCUCCCAAGUGGGUGGGCCAGUCUCCCAAGUGGGUGGGCCUAUGCCCAGUCAUGUGAAAUCCAUAGAUUUGGGCCUAAUUUAUUUAUUUCAAAUGACUGAUUUCCUUAUAUGAACUGUAAAUCAGUCAAAUCUUUGAAAUUGUUGCAUUUAUGUUUUUGUUCAGUAUAGUUUGUGAGAAAGUGAUUUCAUAGUUGCUGUUUUUCUUUCGAGACGUUUAGUUAUUUGCCGUCUUUAUGCAGGUUGUCUUGAAGGCUGAGUGUUUUGUUUCCAUGUGUGUAAUCUCUGGUUAUUGCCCCAUGCAUGUACAGAGUCAGCUGCACAGAAAUUGUUCCAGCCUCAUUCGGCCGCCAAACCUCAAUGGAACUGACAAUGAAACCUGGUGUGACUGGGCACCCUUUGGUGAGUCCUCUGCUUGAUUCGAGUUCAUUGUUAAUUUUAAGAAGGAAUAGAAAUUCUUCCAAAGUGUUUGAGUGCUUCCAAAACUAAUAUAUUGAAAGCAUACCAUGUCAGUAGAAUGGGACAGCAGAUUUCAUUUGGAUAUUUUCUGUGUCAUCUUGUUCUGUCCAGACCAGGAGAACUACCAGACACUGUUUGGAGCCGUCGACAACUCCUUCCUGGUUGCUUAUGCCAUUGGCAUGUUUUUCAGGUAGGCAGAAUGAUGUCAAUUAUUUGUUUUAUGUUUUGUGUGUGUGCUUGCAUGUGUGUUAAAACUCACUACAAGGAGUUGACCACAUUAUGUGUUGUGUGGUUUGACAGUGGGAUAUUUGGAGAGCGCGUGCCCCUGCGCUACUACCUGACCAUCGGGAUGCUUCUCAGUGGUCUCUUCACGUGUCUGUUUGGCCUCGGCUUCUACUGGAACAUCCACUCGAUAUGGUACUACGCCUUUGUCCAGGUACAGGUUAAAUCUCCUCCAAAACCAUUCAGUCACUUGCUCACACUUUGCAGCAGAGUUACCAUUUAAACAUUUUUGUAUCUAUUUUUUUUUUCGCCAUACCCUACCAUCCCUACCCUGAUUGGAGUAAACUAACAGACAACAAUACUUCUACUGUGGUCCUCUGUAGCUCAGCUGGUAGAGCACGGCGCUUGUAACGCCAAGGUAGUGGGUUCGAUCCCCGGGACCACCCAUACACAAAAAUGUAUGCACGCAUGACUGUAAGUCGCUUUGGAUAAAAGCGUCUGCUAAAUGGCAUAUUAUAUUAUUAUUAUUAUUACUGCUACUUACAGCUAUAUUCGCUCACAUCUACGGUACCUGUAGUUAAAUAAUACAUAUAUUCCUAAUUUACUCUUUCUUCAAGUGCUGGAUUUUCACCCUUUGUGGCCAAUCCACUAUUCAUUCUGAUCUUAACUCCAACCCCCCGAUAUCCAAAGAUGAACCCAUCUUUCCCAGGGAAGUAAUAUACAUCCCUCCAUUUUACUAUGAUGUCUUAUGAGGGUCCUGAACUUCCUUAUUUAUAACAUUUCUACCGAUAUUGCCCUAAAAAUAAAUACUUUACCCAAGAGUAUAAUGAUAUUUCCCAUUGACUGAUCGUGGUUUUUCAGAUCACCUAACAAUACCGUUUGCAGGUCCAUCUGAACCCUGAUAUUAUGACAUACAGUGAGGGGAAAAAAGUAUUUGAUCCCCUGCUGAUUUUGUACGUUUGCCCACUGACAAAGACAUGAUCAGUCUAUCAUUUUAAUGGUAGGUUUAUUUGAACAGUGGGAGACAGAAUAACAACAAAAAAAUCCAGAAAAACGCAUGUCAAAAAUGUUAUAAAUUGAUUUGCAUUUUAAUGAGGGAAAUAAGUAUUUGACCCCUCUGCAAAACAUGACUUAGUACUUGGUGGCAAAACCCUUGUUGGCAAUCACAGAGGUCAGAUGUUUCUUGUAGUUGGUCACCAUGUUUGCACACAUCUCAGGAGGGAUUUUGUCCCACUCCUCUUUGCAGAUCUUCUCCAAGUCAUUAAGGUUUCGAGCCUGACGUUUGUCAACUCGAACCUUCAGCUCCCUCCACAGAUUUUCUAUGGGAUUAAGGUCUGGAGACUCCAGACUCCAGAUUCCAGGACCUUAAUGUGCUUCUUUUUGAGCCACUCCUUUGUUGCCUUGGCCGUGUGUUUUGGGUCAUUGUCAAGCUGGAAUACCCAUCCACGACCCAUUUUCAAUGCCCUGGCUGAGGGAAGGAGGUUCUCAACCAAGAUUUGACGGUACAUGGCCCCGUCCAUCGUCCCUUUGAUGCGGUGAAGUUGUCCUGUCCCCUUAGCAGAAAAACACCCCCAAAGCAUAAUGUUUCCACCUCCAUGUUUGACGGUGGGGAUGGUGUUCUUGGGGUCAUAGGCAGCAUUCCUCCUCCUCCAAAAAUGGCGAGUUGAGUUGAUGCCAAAGAGCUCGAUUUUGGUCUCAUCUGACCACAACACUUUCACCCAGUUCUCCUCUGAAUCAUUCAGAUGUUCAUUGGCAAACUUCAGAUGGGCCUGUAUAUGUGCUUUCUUGAGCAGGGGGACCUUGCAGGCGCUGCAGGAUUUCAGUCCUUCACGGUGUAGUGUGUUACCAAUUGUUUUCUUGGUGACUAUGGUCCCAGCUGCCUUGAGAUCAUUGACAAGAUCCUCCCGUGUAGUUCUGGGCUGAUUCCUCACCGUUCUCAUGAUCAUUGCAACUCCACAAGGUGAGAUCUUGCAUGGAGCCCAAGGCCGAGGGAGAUUGACAGUUGUUUUGUGUUUCUUCCAUUUGCGAAUAAUCGCAUCAACUGUUGUCACCUUCUCACCAAGCUGCUUGGUGAUGGUCUUGUAGCCCAUUCCAGCCUUGUGUAGGUCUACAAUCUUGUCCCUGACAUCCUUGGAGAGCUCUUUGGUCUUGGCCAUGGUGGAGAGUUUGGAAUCUGAUUGAUUGUACUCCGAGCAUGUGCUGACCAACUGGCAAGUGUCUUCACUGACAUUUUCAACAUGUCCCUGACUGAGUCUGUAAUACCAACAUGUUUCAAGCAGACCACCAUAGUCCCCGUGCCCAAGGACUCUAAGAUAACCUGCCUAAAUGACUACCGACCCGUAGCACUGACGUCUGUAGCCAUGAAGUGCUUUGAAAGGUUUGUCAUGGCUCACAUCAACAGCAUUAUCCCAGAAACCCUAGACCCACUCCAAUUUGUAUACCGCCCCAACAGAUCCACAGAUGAUGCAAUCUCUAUUGCACUCCACACUGCCCUUUCCCACCUGGACAAGAGGAACACCUACGUGAGAAUGCUAUUCAUUGACUACAGCUCAGCAUUCAACACCAUAGUGCCCUCUAAGCUCAUCACUAAGCUAAGGAUCCUGGGACUAAACACCUCCCUCUGCAACUGGAUCCUGGACUUCCUGACGGGCCGCCCCCAGGUGGUAAGGGUAGGUAACAACACAUCUGCCACACUGAUCCUCAACACGGGGGCCCCUCAGGGGUGCGUGCUCAGUCCCCUCCUGUACUCUCUGUUCACCCAUGACUGCAUGGCCAGGCACGACUCCAACACCAUCAUUAAGUUUGCCGACGACACAACAGUGGUAGGCCUGAUCACCGACAAUGAUGAGACAGCCUAUAGGGAGGAGGUUGAGAGACCUGGCCGUGUGGUGCCAGGACAACAACCUCUCCCUCAACGUGACCAAGACAAAGGAGAUGAUUGUGGACUACAGGAAAAAAAAAAGAGGACUGAGCACGCCCCCAUUCUCAUCGACGGGGCUGUAGUGGAACAGGUUGAGAGCUUCAAGUUCCUUGGUGUCCACAUCACCAACGAACUAUCAUGGUCCAAACACACCAAGACAGUCGUGAAGAGGGCACGACAAAGCCUAUUCCCCCUCAGGAGACUGAAAUGAUUUGGCAUGGGUCCUCAGAUCCUCAAAAAAUUAUACAGCUGCACCAUCGAGAGCAUCCUGACUGGUUGCAUCACCGCCUGGUAUGGCAACUGCUUGGCCUCCGACCGCAAGGCACUACAGAGGUUAGUGCGUACGGCCCAGUACAUCACUGGGGCCAAGCUUCCUGCCAUCCAGGACCUCUAUACCAGGCGGUGUCAGAGGAAGGCCCUCAAAAUUGUCAAAGACUCCAGCCACCCUAGUCAUAGACUGUUCUCUCUGCUACCGCACGGCAAGCGGUACCGGAGUGCCAAGUCAAGGUCCAAAAGACUUCUCAACAGCUUCUACCCCCAAGCCAUAAGACUCCUGAACAGCUAAUCAUGGCUACCCGGACUAUUUGCACUGCCCCCCCACCCCAUCCUUUUUACGCUGCUGCUACUCUGUUAAUUAUUUAUGCAUAGUCACUUGAACUCUACCCACAUGUACAUAUUACCUCAACUACCUCAACUAGCCGGUGCCCCCGCACAUUGACUCUGCAACGGUACCCCCCUGUAUAUAUAGCCUCCCUACUGUUAUUUUAUUUUAUUUCUGCUCUUUUUUUUCUCAACACUUUUUUUGUUGUUGUUUUAUUUUUACUUUUUUUGUUAAAAAUAAAUGCACUGUUGGUUAAGGGCUGUAAGUAAGCAUUUCACUGUAAUGUCUGCACCUGUUGUAUUCGGCGCAUGUGACCAAUACAAUUUGAUUUGAUUUGAUUGAUUGCUUCUUUGGACAGGUGUCUUUUUAUACAGGUAACAAGCUGAGAUUAGGAGCACUCCCUUUAAGAGUGUGCUCCUAAUCGCAGCUCGUUACCUGUAUAAAAGACACCUGGGAGCCAGAAGUCUUUCUGAUUGAGAGGGGGUCAAAUACUUAUUUCCCUCAUUAAAAUGCAAAUCAAUUUAUAACAUUAAUGACAUGCGUUUUUCUGGAUUUUUGUUGUUGUUAUUCUGUCUCUCACUGUUCAAAUAAACCUACCAUUAAAAUUAUAGACUGAUCAUUUAUUUGUCAGUGGGCAAACGUACAAAAUCAGCAGGGGAUCAAAUACUUUUUUCCCUCACUGUAACAACCAUUCCUGGACCUGACUUCAAAAGCGCGGCACCGAUGGACAAUACCAGAAAAUAGGUUCUAUUGAUUCUGUUUCCUGCACAAGGCUGACUGUUCAAUGCCCCAUAUAUUGUGCAUUCUUUUUGUAGCAAGUAUUUCAUAGUUACCUUUGAAUUCAGGCCCGACCUGGGGCAUGUUCAUAAGUGUACGUAACGGAAAACAAAAAAUGAGCGUUUCUUUAUGCACAAGUCCAGGUAGCCCCUCUCUGUUUCAGUAUCAUAUGACAGUGAUAAUGUGAGGGAGGCUGAGAGUGUGUUUCCAUGCCAGUGCUUUUCUCAAGGCUGUGUGAAAAUGUAAUGAUGUGGGUAACCGGCCCACCCCCUUCUCUCUUUUUCUCUGUCUUUGUAUCUCUUUCUUUUUCUUUAUCUCUUUCUCGUGGGGAUACAAAAAGUAUCUCGAUCUCCCUCUCUUUUUCUCUCAUGGGGUCGUGUGUAGGGACAUAUUUAAUGUUGAAAUAAAAAGCAUUUAAAAUCCUAAAUCUCCCUCUCUUACUUCCCUAGGCAAUGAAUGGACUGGUGCAGACGACGGGCUGGCCUGCAGUGGUGGCCUGCGUUGGGAACUGGUUCGGAAAGGGGAAGUGAGUGAUACAUAUCCUUACUGUAGACCGGUUCAGCAAUGCUGACUACACAGUAUCAGUACCCUCUUUUCCAUCUAGUGCAGGGUUUUUACUGUUGCUCAAGGUCAGUCACAUGAUGUGAAAGUGAAUACGAAACUCUCCGAUCGGCGCCUUUGGUUGAACAGGUUUGAGUGUAAUGAGUUUUUGGACAUUCAAAAUAGGAACAAUUUACAGGCAUCCAGUUCCAAAUUCAGCAUUUGAAUGCCAAAAGCUGUCCUCAGUAUUUAGGAAGCAGUCUCACUGUCUCACUGUUCACUGUCAAGCUAUACAAUGUAUCUCAAGGUAAAUCCACCUCUCUCAUUUCCAUCCUAUCUGUGUGUGUCUGUCCCUCUCCCUCCAGACGAGGGUUCAUCAUGGGUGUCUGGAACUCCCACACCUCGGUAGGCAACAUCCUGGGCUCGCUCAUCGCUGGCGUCUUUGUAUCCUCGGCCUGGGGCAUGUCCUUCAUCGUGCCUGGUAUCAUCAUCGCCUCCACGGGCGUUCUCUGCUUCUUCUUCCUGGUGGAGAGUGAGUGUGACCUCUGACCUCUUGGCCCGUAUUCAUAUAGCGUCUCAGAGUAGGAUUGCUGAUCUAGAAUCAGUUUUGCCUUUUAUAUUAUAAUGAAUGGACAGAGGGGGCUUGAUCCUAGAUCAGAGUUCCUACUUUGAGACGCUUUAUGGAUAUGCCCAGACCUCCUUCAAAACACGCCUCAACAUGUCCAUAGUGCUGACUGUGAAAUCCAUUACAACCUAUUGAAGCUUGAUAGAUCAUAGUCAAAAUGAAAUGUUCAUUGCCACUAUAAGGUUAUUAUGGAUGAUACGUUUUUAUUAAGCUAGUUUGAAAAAGGAUCAUGUUGCAUUCUCAGGCAGCAUUUAUCAGAGUUUUCACUGCAGGCAUUUCAUCUUAAACCUAGACUGUUCACGUUUAGACAAAAUGUAAAAUGAGAGUUGGCUUGUCCCAAGACUGUAUUUUGACAUGAAAAUAUUUGUGAGCAAAAUAUUUCUUCUGUCACAGAACCAGAAGAUGUCGGCUGCAGCCCUCCGCAGCACCAUGUAAGUACAACCAAAGAACACAUUAAGUAAUUGGUGUCCUUAGUAGUAUAGAGAAGGGCUGCCUUGCUAAAGGCCACAAGGCCAGUUGGUGUAGGUGGCACCUGAGAUAUGAUGCAUGGCCCGCUUCACUAACCUCUAGGCUACCAGCCACGCCCAGAUUUUGACAAUUUUUUUGUGAUGACCACCAUUUUGUGAUUACAUUAUUUUCCUUUCCUUCGAAAUACUUGAUAUUAUAGAGUAAUAGAAGAAAUGUUAGACAGAAUAUACUCAACCUUAAAACAGUCAAUAGUUGCAGCCCUGGUUAGAACACUGCUAAUUGCUGUUCACUUAAAGAACUCAUCCAGUAAUGAGGAGAUCUUCAGCAGUCCUGGUCAGUCCAACUCUAUCUCCUCUGAGCCGGCAGAGGAGCACACCAAGGCCAUCAGCUUCUGUGGGGCCCUCAGGAUACCUGUGAGUGGGGAUCACUAUCUACUUUCAUUUCAAGCCGUUUCAGUCGCUGAAUCUCAUCAAAUGUUACGCAAGUAUUCCUCUGGCAAAACAGACACAGGCAAUCAACUUAAUAAUGGGAUGUAUUUUAUGUCAAGCCUUGAAUUCCUGUUUCACCUCUGUGUUGUGACUCAUUGUUGGUAAUUACUCUCCAGACCCACACUGUUGUUAUGACAGUUGCUAUGACUGUAAUAUGUGUGUUGUUCUCUUACAGGGCGUGAUGGAGUUCUCCCUCUGUCUGCUGUUCGCUAAGCUGGUUAGCUACACCUUCCUCUACUGGCUUCCUCUCUACAUUGCUAAUGUUGGUACGUGCUCAGUUUAGCUCCUAUUUGUUUACAGUUUACAUUUACAUUUUAUUCAUUUAGCAGACGCUCUUAUCCAGAGCGACUUACAGGAGCAAUUAGGGUUAAGUGCCUUGGUCAAGGGCACAUCGACAGAUUUUUCACCUAGUCGGCUCGGGGAUUAGAACCAGCGACCUUUCGGUUACUGGCACAACGCUCUUAACCACUAAGCUAUCUGCCGCCCCGUGUCAUUUCACCUGAGGGUUCAAAUGCUAACAAUGUUAAUAAGCUGAUAAUGAUUUGCUUUGCAUUGUGAGAUGCGCUGUAAGUUAAUUUGGCGUACUGUGUCACUUAAAAUUCCCAAUGUUUAUUUCCUCAGCCCAUUUUGACCCCAAGGAAGCUGGGGACAUGUCAACACUAUUUGAUGUAGGAGGAAUUGUUGGUAAGCCUUAACAGUUUUGUUGCUGACUUUAUAUGGCAUUAUCUAACCUCUAUAGCCCAAUAAUCUGUAAGAUCAUAUGAGGAACCAGGAAGCUCUUCUCUGAUUGACCUGGAUGUUUUGUCUACACUGUAGUCAUAACAAAUUGUAGAAAUAACGAGUGGUUUCUGUAUUCAUUAUGAAUCACCAAGUAAUAUACAUAUGUGGUUUCUGUACAAAGAGCAGGGAGCUUUUCUAAAGCCUCAUAAAGAAGGGCAGUGAUUGGUAGAUGGGCAACAAUAACAAAUCAGACAUUCAAUAUAUCUUUAAGCAUGGUCAAGUUAAUAAUUAUGCUGUGGAUUAUCUAUUAAACCACCCAGACACAUCAAAGAUACAGUCGUCCUUCUAAACUGAAUCCUGGCUUAGGAAGACCACCAAAAACUCUGAAAUGUCCAUCCCCAACUACAACAUUUUCCGUCUAGAUAGAACUGCCAAAGGGGGUGGAGUUAGCCUGGUCUGUGCCCAAACAGUUUGAGCUUCUACUUCUAAAAAUCCACCUCUCCAGAAAUAAGUCUAUCACUGUUGCCGCUUGCUACAGACCCCCCUCAGCCCCCAGCUGUGCCCUGGACACCAUAUGUGAAUUGAUUGCCCCCCAUCUAUCCUCAGAGUUCGUACUGCUUGGUUACCUAAACUGGAAUAUGCUUAACACCCCGGCCGUCCUACAAUCUAAACUAGAUGCCCUCUCACACAAAUUAUCAAGGAACCUACCAGGUACAACCUGGUAAACAUGGGCACCCUCAUAGAUAUCAUCCUGACUAACUUACCCUCUAAAUACAGCUCUGCUGUCUUCAACCAGGAUCUCAGCGAUCACUGCCUCAUUGCCUGCGUCCGUAAUGGGUCCGCGGUCAAACGACCACCCCUCAUCACUGUCAAACGCUCCCUAAAACACUUAAGCAAGCAGGCCUUUCUAAUUGACCUGGCCCGGGUAUCCUGGAUGGUUAUUGACCUCAUUCCGUCAGUAGAGGAUGCCUGGUUGUUCUUUAAAAGUGCUUUCCUCUCCAUCUUAAAUAAGCAUGCCCCAUUCUAACUAAGAACAGAUAUAGCCCCUGGUUCACCCCAGACUUGACUGCCCUUGACCAGCACAAAAACAUCCUGUGGCGUACUGCAUUAGCAUCGAACAGCCCCCGCGAUAUGCAACUUUUCAGGGAAGUCAGGAACCAAUAUACACAAUCAGUUAGGAAAGCAAAGGCUAGCUUUUUCAAACAGAAAUGUGCAUCCUGUAGCACUAACUCCAAAAAGUUUUAGCACCUCCUCCCAGCUGCCCACUGCACUGAGGCUAGGAAACACUGUCACCACCGAUAAAUCUACGAUAAUCGAGAAUUUCAAUAAGCAUUUUGCUACGGCUGGCAAUGCUUUCCACCUGGCUACCCCUACCCCGGCCACCACCUCUGCCCCAAUUACAGAGAUCAUACGUUUCCUGAAGGUCUUGACCAGGUUUGCACACACUGCAGCAGGGAUUUUGGCCCACUCCUCCAUACAGACCUUCUCCAGAUCCUUCAGGUUUCGGGGGCUGUCGCUUGGCAAUACGGACUUUCAGCUCCCUCUAAAGAUUUUCUAUUGGGUUCAGGUCUGGAGACUGGCUAGGCCACUCCAGGACCUUGAGAUGCUUCUUACGGAGCCACUCCUUAGUUGCCCUGGCUGUGUGUUUCGGGUCGUUGUCAUGCUGGAAGACCCAGCCACGACCCAUCUUCAAUGUCUUACUGAGGGAAGGAGGUUGUUGGCCAAGAUCUCGCGAUACAUGGCCCCAUCCAUCCUCCCCUCAAUACGGUGCAGUCGUCCUGUCCCCUUUGCAGAAAAGCAUCCCCAAAGAAUGAUGUUUCCACCUCCAUGCUUCACGGUUGGGAGGUGUUCUUGGGGUUGUACUCAUCCUUCUUCCUCCAAACACGGCGAGUGGAGUUUAGACCAAAAAGCUCUAUUUUUGUCUCAUCAGACCACAUGACCUUCUCCCAUUCCUCCUCUGGAUCAUCCAGAUGGUCAUUGGCAAACUUCAGACGGGCCUGGACAUGCGCUGGCUUGAGCAGGGGGACCUUGCGUGCGCUGCAGGAUUUUAAUCCAUGACGGCGUAGUGUGUUACUAAUGGUUUUCUUUGAGACUGUGGUCCCAGCUCUCUUCAGGUCAUUGACCAGGUCCUGCCGUGUAGUUCUGGGCUGAUCCCUCACCUUCCUCAUGAUCAUUGAUGCCACACGAGGUGAGAUCUUGCUUGGAGCCCCAGACCGAGCGUGAUUGACCGUCAUCUUGAACUUCUUCCAUUUUCUGAUAAUUGCGCCAACAGUUGUUGCCUUUUCACCAAGCUGCUUGCCUAUUGUCCUGUAGCCCAUCCCAGCCUUGUGCAGGUCUACAAUUUUAUCCCUGAUGUCCUUACACAGCUCUCUGGUCUUGGCCAUUGUGGAGAGGUUGGAGUCUAUUUGAUUGAGUGUGUGGAGAGGUGUCUUUUAUACAGGUAACAAGUUCAAACAGGUGCAGUUAAUACAGGUAAUGAGUGGAGAACAGGAGGGCUUCUUAAAGAAAAACUAACAGGUCUGUGAGAGCCGGAAUUCUUACUGGUUGGUAGGUGAUCAAAUACGUAUGUCAUGCAAUAAAAUGCAAAUGAAUUACUUAAAAAUCAUACAAUGUGAUUUUCUGGAUUUUUGUUUUAGAUUCCGUCUCUCACAGUUGAAGUGUACCUAUGAUAAAAAUUACAGACCUCUACAUGCUUUGUAAGUAGGAAAACCUGCAAAAUCGGCAGUGUACAGUGGGGGGAAAAAAGUAUUUAGUCAGCCACCAAUUGUGCAAGUUCUCCCACUUAAAAAGAUGAGAGAGGCCUGUAAUUUUCAUCAUAGGUACACGUCAACUAUAACAGACAAAAUGAGAAAAAAAACUCCAGAAAAUCACAUUGUAGGAUUUUUAAUGAAUUUAUUUGCAAAUUAUGGUGGAAAAUAAGUAUUUGGUCAAUGACAAAAGUUUCUCAAUACUUUGUUAUAUACCCUUUGUUGGCAAUGACACAGGUCAAACGUUUUCUGUAAGUCUUCACAAGGUUUUCACACACUGUUGCUGGUAUUUUGGCCCAUUCCUCCAUGCAGAUCUCCUCUAGAGCAGUGAUGUUUUGGGGCUGUUGCUGGGCAACACGGACUUUCAACUCCCUCCAAAGAUUUUCUAUGGGGUUGAGAUCUGGAGACUGGCUAGGCCACUCCAGGACCUUGAAAUGCUUCUUACGAAGCCACUCCUUCGUUGCCCGGGCGGUGUGUUUGGGAUCAUUGUCAUGCUGAAAGACCCAGCCACGUUUCAUCUUCAAUGCCCUUGCUGAUGGAAGGAGGUUUUCACUCAAAAUCUCACGAUACAUGGCCCCAUUCAUUCUUUCCUUUACACGGAUCAGUCGUCCUGGUCCCUUUGCAGAAAAACAGCCCCAAAGCAUGAUGUUUCCACCCCCAUGCUUCACAGUAGGUAUGGUGUUCUUUGGAUGCAACUCUGCAUUCUUUGUCCUCCAAACACAACGAGUUGAGUUUUUACCAAAAUGUUCUAUUUUGGUUUCAUCUGACCAUAUGACAUUCUCCCAAUCCUCUUCUGGAUCAUCCAAAUGCACUCUAGCAAACUUCAGACGGGCCUGGACAUGUACUGGCUUAAGCAGGGGGACACGUCUGGCACUGCAGGAUUUGAGUCCCUGGCGGCGUAGUGUGUUACUGAUGGUAGGCUUUGUUACUUUGGUCCCAGCUCUCUGCAGGUCAUUCACUAGGUCCCCCCGUGUGGUUCUGGGAUUUUUGCUCACCGUUCUUGUGAUCAUUUUGACCCCACGGGGUGAGAUUUUGCGUGGAGCCCCAGAUCGAGGGAGAUUAUCAGUGGUCUUGUAUGUCUUCCAUUUCCUAAUAAUUGCUCCCACAGUUGAUUUCUUCAAACCAAGCUGCUUACCUAUUGCAGAUUCAGUCUUCCCAGCCUGGUGCAGGUCUACAAUUUUGUUUCUGGUGUCCUUUGACAGCUCUUUGGUCUUGGCCAUAGUGGAGUUUGGAGUGUGACUGUUUGAGGUUGUGGACAGGUGUCUUUUAUACUGAUAACAAGUUCAAACAGGUGCCAUUAAUACAGGUAACGAGAGGAGGACAGAGGAGCCUCUUAAAGAAGUUACAGGUCUGUGAGAGCCAGAAAUCUUGCUUGUUUGUAGGUGACCAAAUACUUAUUUUCCACCAUAAUUUGCAAAUAAAUUCAUUAAAAAUCCUACAAUGUGAUUUUCUGGACUUUUUUCCCUCAAUUUGUCUGUCAUAGUUGACGUGUACCUAUGAUGAAAAUUACAGGCCUCUCUCAUCUUUUUAAGUGGGAGAACUUGCACAAUUGGUGGCUGACUAAAUACUUUUUUUCCCCACUGUAUCAAAUACUUGUUCUCCCCACUGUACCUAGGUGUCUGGUUAGACCGUAAACUGUCCUUCCAGACUCACAUUAAGCAUCUCCAAUCCAAAGUUAAAUCUAGAAUCGGCUUCCUAUUUCGCAACAAAGCCUCCUUCACUCAUGCUGCCAAACAUGCCCUCGUAAAACUGACUAUCCUACCGAUCCUUGACUUCGGCUAUGUCAUUUACGAAAUAGCCUCCAACACUCUACUCAGCAAAUUGGAUGUUGUAUAUCACAGUGCAAUCCAUUUUGUCACCAAAGCCCCAUAUACUACCCACCACUGUGACCUGUACGCUCUCGUUGGCUGGCCCUCACUACAUAUUCGUUGACAAACCCACUGGCUCCAGGUCAUCUAUAAAUCACUGCUAGGCAAAUCCCCGCCUUAUCUUAGCUCAUUGGUCACCAUAGCAACACCCACCCGUAGUAUGCGCUCCAGCAGGUAUACAGUCAUAUGAAAAAGUUUGUGCACCCCUCUGAGGCUGCAUAAUAAUUUACUCUGUCGUCACAGAAAAUGAUCACAGUGGCAUGCCAUUCAUUUUCUAAUAAAAGCUGAGUACUGGGGUAUUGUCCAGAAAAAGAUUUUUAGUGUAGCAAUAUUAAGUUGUAUGAAAUUAAAUCAGAUGUGAAAAAUAGGCUAUGCAAACAUUUGGGCACCCUUGUCAUUCUGUUGAUUUGAAUACCUGUAACUACUUAGCACUGAUUAAUGGAACACACAAUUGGUUUGGUGAGCUCAUUAAGCCUUGAACUUCAUAGACAAGUGCAUCCAAUCAUGAGAAUAGGUAUUUAAGGUGGCGAAUUGCAAGUUGUUGUUCUCUUUGACUCUCCUCUGAAGAGUGGCAACAUAGGGGCCUCAAAACAACUCUCAAAUGACCUGAAAACAAAGAUUGUUCAACAUUAUGGUUUAGGGGAAGGCUACAAAAAGCUAUCGCAGAGAUGUAAGCUGUCAGAGUCCACUGUGAGGAACAUAGUGAGGAAAAGGAAGACCACAGGCACAGUUCUUGUUAUGGCCAGAAGUGGCAGGCAAAGUAAAAUAUCGGAGAGGCAAAGGCGAAGGAUGGUGAGAAUGGUCAAAAACAGCCCUCAGACCACCUCCAAAGACCUACAACAUCAUCUUGCUGCAAAUGGUGUCACUGUGCAUCGUUCAACAAUUCAGCGCACUUUGCACAAGGAGAAGCUGUACGGGAGAGUGAUGCAGAAGAAGCCUUCUCUGCACACAUACCACAAACGGAGUCGCUUGAGGUAUGCAAACGCACAUUUGGACAAGCCAGCUUCAUUUAGGAAUAAGGUGCUGUGGACUGAUGAAACAAAGAUUGAGUUAUUUGGUCAUAACAAGGGGCGUUAUGCAUGGCGACAAAAGAACACAGCGUUCCAAGAAAAACACUUGCUACCCACAGUAAAAUUUGGUGGGGGUUCCAUCAUUCUGUGGGGCUGUGUGGGCAGUGCCGGUACUGGGAAUCUUGUUAAAAGUUGAGGGUCGCAUGGAUUCCACUCAAUAUAAGCAGAUUCUUUGGAAUAAUGUUGAAGAAUCAGUCACAAAGUUGAAGUUACGCCGAGGCUGGAUAUUUCAACAAGACAACGACCCAAAACACUGCUCAAAAUCUACCCAGGCAUUUAUGCAAAGGAACAAGUACAAUGUUCUGGAAUGGCCAUCCCAGUCCCCAGACCUGAAUAUCAUUGAGAAUCUGUGGGAUGAUUUGAAGCGGGCUGUCCAUGCUCGGCAACCAUCAAACCUAACUGAAGUGGAGAUGUUUUGUAAGGAGGAAUGGUCCAAAAUACCUUCAUCCAGAAUCCAGACACUCAUCAGAGGCUAUAGGAAGCGUCUAGAGGCUGUUAUUUUAGCAAAUGGAGGCUCUACUAAAUAUUGAUGUGAUUUUUCUGUCGGGGUGCCCAAAUUGAUGCACCUGUCUAAUUUCGUUUUGAUGCAUAUUGCACAUUUUCUGUUAAUCCAAUAAACCUAAUUUCACUACUGAAAUAUUACUGUUUCCAUCAGUUAUUCAUAGAUAGAUCAAAAUGAAAUUGCUGAUCCAAACACCCAAUUAUUUAUAAAUGGAAAUCCUGUAAAUUGUCAGGGGUACCCAAACUUUUUCAUACGACUCUAUCUCACUGGUCAUCCCCAAAGCCAACACCUCCUUUGGCCGCCAUUCCUUCCAGUUCUCUGCUGCUAAUGACUGGAACGAACUGCAAAAAUCUCUGAAGCUGGAGACACUUAUCUCCCUCACUAACUUUAAGCAUCAGUUGUCAGAGCAGCUUACCGAUCACUGCACCUGUACACAGCCCAUAUGAAAUUAGCCCACCCAACUACCUCAUCCCCAUAUUGUUAUUUAUUUUGCUCAUUUGCACCCCAGUAUCUCUAUUUGCACAUCUUCUUCUCCACAUCUGUCACUCCAGUGUUAAUACUAAAUUGUAAUUAUUUUGCACUAUGGCCUAUUUAUUGCCUUACCUCCAUAACUUACUACAUUUGCACACACUGUAUAUAGAUUUUCUAUUGUGUUAUUGACUGUAUGUUUUGUUUUAUCCCAUGUGUAACUCUGUGUUGUUGUUGUUUGUAUCGCAAUGCUUUGCUUUAUCUUGGCCAGGUCGCAGUUGUAAAUGAGAACUUGUUCUCAACUGGCUUACCUGGUUAAAUAAAUAGAAAAUAGAAAUAAACUGAGCUGCAGGACAGGAAUGAAACUGCUCAGGGAUGUUACCAUGAGGCCAUUGGUGAUUUUAAAAGAGCUACAGUUCAAUAGCUGUGAUGAGAGAACUGAGGAUGGAUCAACAUUGUAGUGACUCCACAAUAAUGACCUAAAUGACAGAGUGAGAAGAAGAAUACAAAUAUAACGAAUACAAAAUAUUCUAAAAUAUGCAACAAGGCACUAAAGUAAUACUGCAAAAAAACACGGCAAAGCAAUACACUUUUUAGCCUAAAUGCAAAGCCUUAUGUUUGGGGCAAAUCCAACACAACACAUCACUGAGUAACUGCCUCCUUAUUUUCAAGCAUGGUGCUGGCUGCAUCAUGGUAUAGGUACGCUUGACUUCGGCAAAUACUGGGGAGUUUUUCAGGAUUAAAAGAAACGGGAUGGAGCUAAGCACAGGCAAAAUCCUAGAGGAAAACCAGCUUCAGUCUGCUUUCCACCAGACAUUGGGAGAGGAAUUCACCUUUCAGCAGGACAAUAACCUGCAACACAAGGCCAAAUAUACCCUUGAGUUGCUUACCAAGAAGACCGUGAAUGUUCCUGAGUGGCCUAGUUACAGUUUUGACUUAAAUCUGCUUGAAAAUCUAUGGCAAGACUUAAAAAUGGCUGUCUAGACAUGAUCCCCAACAUCUUGACAGAGCUUGAAGAAUUAUGAAAAGAAUAAUGGGCUAAUAUUGCACAAUCCAGGUGUGUAAAGCUCUUAGAGACUUACCCAAGAAGACGCACAGCUGUAAUCGCUGCCGAAGGUGUUUCUAACAUGUAUUGACUCAGGGAGCUAAAUACUUAUGCAAUGACUAUAUUUUAGUUAUUUAAUUUUGUAAACAUUUUUUACAAUGAAAUCCAUUUUAAUCCCAUUUUGUAACACAAUACAGACCAUAGUCAUAACAAGUAACUGCUCUAGUAGUCUGCCAGAAGAGUUCAUUAGAAUUGGUCAAUUAAUGGCUCCUACUGUAUGGUGUCUGCGCACUUCCCAUAUUAUUGAUCUUCAAUGUAGUUCCCUAAAUGCCAUGGAUUAAUUUUUUUCAGAUUAUGUAGGACUGCUGUCUUCCCCUAUGUGUUAAGGGUAUGUGUUAAGUGUGUGUUGUCUGUCUGCAGGGGGCAUCGUGGCUGGACUGGUGUCGGACCAAACUGGGGGCAGAGCCUCUACUUGCUGUGUCAUGUUAAUCCUGGCUGCCCCUAUGGUGAGUGUGCAUUCACACAAGACAUCACUGGCUUUAAACCAUGUGUAACACCAUGGCCAUUUUUAGUGUCACUUUAUUAUAGUACACUUAGGACUCCUUAAAUUCUAAAUGUGGCAUUCAAGGGUAAUCUGCACAUUUCAAACUUUAGAAAACCGGUGCUGGGCAAAAUAUACUGUAGAUCAAGAAAGGAAAGGCCUGAAUUACAAAUGUGGACAAGACACUUUUAUAUUCACUUAUGAAAAGGGGCAAUUCUCUCUGUCAAAGUUUUGAUCACUUAAUCACAUAUAUGCAAUGUAAAUAUGACUGCAUGAUGGACGCAGAAAAAGGAAUUUGGCUGCGCUUGGAGCUCUCUGGAAUUGGCAGUGAACUUCACCCGCUGCCCAAGCCUAAGAAACAUUUUGUGUUAGGUCGUGAGCUCCUUGACAGUAGUGUGUCAAUCCGUUUUUCAGCAUAGCUCAAUGUUUUCCUUUUGGGUCUGCAUGUGGGUUAGUAAAUCAUUAGUAAAUCCUUCAAGAGUGCCACAUUUUACCCACGAUCCAGUCUAAAUGUUUGUUUUUGUUGCUUUCCUAGUUGUUCCUGUACAACCACAUUGGACAGCAUAGCCUAGCAACCACAAUCGGUAAGAGUUAAGUUAUUUUGUAUGAAAUUUGACUUUGAAGCCAUAGAGCCAUUUUGGUCUCAACCCCUCUUACUGAAAACAACAUAAAUGCUCCAAUUUAACACAUUGUACAUUGUACUUUACUGUGUGUCGGUUGUGUGUUUAUAGCCUGUGGAUUUCACAUUUACGCUUAGUCAUUUGGCAGACACUCUUAUCUAGGGCGACUUGCAUUCGGUACAUUCAACUAAAGUAGGCAACCAACAUAACAACCACAUAUCACUAUGAAAAGCUUCUUUAAAAAUAGCCUUGAUCUGCUAGCUAGCGUCCUGUACAUGCCUGAUCCCCAUGUUGCUGUGUUCCUCUGCCCUGUAGGGAUGCUGUUGGUGUGCGGAGCCCUGGUGAACGGCCCCUACGCCCUCAUCACCACCGCCGUGUCUGCUGACCUGGUAAGCUCAUCCAUCCCAGACUGCACUGCUGCAUGCCACUCUCACAUGAGGUCCUCAGCUCUCCCAAAGUCACACAGAGGAGAUAAGCUCGGCAUUGCCCCCUCACCCCAAAUUCCCCAGGUCCCCUGUUAGUCCAAGACUGUGUCUAAUGCGUCUUUCCUCGAUUCCUCGCAUUCUAUCUCCCUCGCCUCUUUCUCAAACCGUAUUGGAGAAGAAGAUCCAAGGUCCCUCCCGUCAGACCUUCACCUUCCAUGUGUUUUGAGGAGAGGAGGUGAGGAGAGAGGAUGCAAGGAAUCGAGGAGAGACACAUUUGGAAAGAGCCCAAGUCUUUUAUGCAGUCACGGACUGAAUGUUGAUUCAUAAUGAGGGUUUUUCCUUUCAUAGGGGACGCAUGAGAGCCUGAGAGGAAACUCUAGAGCCUUGUCAACGGUCACUGCCAUUAUUGACGGCACGGGGUCAAUAGGUAUGUGGGGAAUUUCUGGGACACACGGGGGAUUGGUACUCUUGAUCUUUUUUCUUUUUAUUUGAUGCUUGUAAUUGUCCUCCCGAGUGGCGCAGUGGUCUAAGGCACUGCAUCGCAGUGCUAGCUGUGCCACUAGAGAUCCUGGUUCGAAUCCAGGCUCUGUCGUAGCCGGCCGCGACCGGGAGACCCAUGGGGCAGCGCACAAUUGGCCCAGUGUCGUCCAGGGUAGGGAAUGGCCGGCAGGGAUGUAGCUCAGUUGGUAGAGCAUGGCAUUUGCAACACCAGGGUUGUGGGUUCGAUUCCAGUAUAACAAAUAAAAAUGUAUGCACUCACUAACUGUAAGUCGCUCUGGAUAAGAGCGUCUGCUAAAUUACUAAAAUGCUAUGAUGCAUUUGUGUGCGCCUGUGUCAAUGCAUGAAGGAAGGUUUUUAUUUUAGGUCACCUAUGUUUUGAGAUUAACUUCAAUGCUCAGUUAUUGCAGUGUUAUGUGACAAUGACUAAUUGUAUACAGUUUAUGUACAAGGUCCAUGGCUCAUACAAAACUAUUUUCCAUUGUAAAUCAUGUUGUGUUCUAAAGGCAGAAUUGUUAUUAUUGUUGUCCCAAAUCAAAUUGUAUAUCCAGUCCUGGUUUCAGGUGCUUGGGUUCCCCUGCGCAAGUGUUUCUCUUAUUCUCUGACUGUCCUCUAGGUGCCGCCCUAGGUCCUCUGUUAGCAGGGCUGAUCUCUCCGACGGGAUGGAACAAUGUCUUCUUCAUGCUGAUCACUGCCGAUAUCCUCGCCUGUUUGGUUAGUUUUUAGUCUUUAUGUUUUUAUUAACAUGUUUUAUAAAUCACUGCAAUAUUUUAGCCACAUGUACAAAGAGGGUGCUACACCUGUGGAUUGUGGACAAAAUGAAUGAUACUCUUAAUACCAUAUGACAGUGUUUCCCGACCCUUGUUUGAGUACCCCCAACAGUACACAGUUUCGUUGUAGCCCUUGACAAACACACCUCAUUCAACUCAUUUGAGGUUUUGUUGACAAGUUGAAUCAGGUGUGCUUGUCCAGGAUUGCAAUAAAAAGGUGUACUGUCAUGGGAUGCCACCUUUCCAACAAGUCAUUUCGUCAAAUUUCUGCCCUGCAAGAGCUGUCCAGGUCAACUGUAAGUGCUGUUAUUGUGAAGUGGAAAUGUCUAGGAGCAACAACGGCUUAGCCGCGAAGUGAUAGACCACACAAGCUCACAGAACGGGACCGCCGAGUGCUGAAGCGCAUAGCGCGUAAAAAUCGUCUGUCCUCUGUUGCAACACUUCUACUGAAUUCCAAACUGCCUCUGGAAGUAACGUAGAACUGUUCAUCGGGAGCUUCAUGAAAUGGGUUUCCAUGGCCGAGCAGCCGCACACAAGCCUAAGAUCACCAUGUGUAAUGCCAAGCGUCGGUUGGAGUGGUGUAAAGCUCGCUACCAUUGGGCUCUGGAACAGUGGAAACGCAUUCUCUGGAGUGAUGAAUCACGCUUCACCAUCUGGCAGUCCGACGGACGAAUCUGGGUUUGGCAGAUGCCAGGAGAACGCUACCUGCCCAAAUGCAUAGUGCCAACUGUAAAUUUCGGUGGAGGAAUAAUGGUCUGGGGCUGUUUUUAAAUUGUGUUUAUAAAUAUAUAGAAAAAUAUAUAUUUUUCGGAAAGUAUUCAGACCGCUUGACUUUUUCCACAUUUUGUUAUUUUACAGCCUUAUUUUAAAAUUUAUUAAAUAGUUUUUUCCCCUCAUCAAUGUACACACAAUACCCGAUAAUGACAAAGCAAAAACAGGUUGUUAUACAUUUUUGAAAAACCCCCCCGGAAAUAUCACAUUUACAUAAGUAUUCAGACCCUUUACUCAGUACUUUGUUGAAGCAUCUUUGGCAGCGAUUACAGCCUUGAGUCUUCUUGGGUAUGACGCUACAAGCUUGGCACACCUGUAUUUGGGGAGUUUCUCUCAUUGUUCUCUGCAGAUCCUGUCAAGCUCUGUCAGGUUGGAUGGGGAGCGUCGCUGCACAGCUAUUUUCAGGUCUCUCCAGAGAUGUUUGAUCGGGUUCAAGUCCGGGCUCUGGCUGGGCCACUUAUGGACAUUCAGAUAUUUGUCCCGAAACCACUCCUGCAUUGUCUUGGCUGUGUGCUUAAGGUCGUUGUCCUGUUGGAAGGUGAACCUUCACCCAAGUCUGAGGCCCUGAGCUCCCUGGAGCAGGUUUUCAUCAAGGAUCUCUCUGUACUUUGGUCCGUUCAUCUUUCCCUCGAUUCUAACUAGUCUCCCAGUCCCUGCCGCUGAAAAACAUCCUCACAGCAUGAUGUUGCCACCACCAUGCUUCACCGUAGGGAUGGUGCCAGGUUUCCUCCAGACGUGAUGCUUGACAUUCAGGCCAAAGAGUUCAAUGUUGGUUUCAUCAGACCAGAGAAUCCUGUUUGUCAUGGUCUGAGAGUCCUUGGGUUCUUGGUCACCUCCCUGACCAAGGCCGGGCGGCCAGCUCUAGGAAGAGUCUUGGUGGUUCUAAACUUCUUCUAUGUAAGAUUGAUGGAGGCCACUGUGUUCUUGGGGACCUUCAAUGCUGCCGACAUUUUUUGGUACUUCCCCAGAUUGACACAGUCUCGGAGCUCUAUGGACAUUUCCUUCGACCUCAUGGCUUGGUUUUUGCUCUGACAUGCACUGUUAACUGUGGGACCUUAUAUAGACAGGUGUGUGCCUUUCCAAAUCAUGUCCAAUCAAUUUAAUUUACCACAAGUGGACUCCAAUCAAGUUGUAAAAACAUUUCAAGGAUGAUCAAUAUAAACAGGAUGCGCCUGAGUUCAAUUUUGAGUCUCAUGGCAAAGGGUCUGAAUACUUAUGUAAAUAAGGUAUUUCGGUUUUAUAUUUUUUAUACAUUUGCAACAAUUUAAUCCAUUUUAGAGUAAGGCUGUAACGUAGCAAAAUGUGGAAAAAGGCAAGGAAUCUGAAUACUUUCUGAAUGCACUGUAUGUUUAAAAACAGAUCUAUUUUAGUAAGCUAUGUUGAGUGUGCUGUCUCCCUGUUUUCCAGCUGCUGUCCAGGCUGGUGUAUAAGGAGGUGAGGGGCUGGUGUGGACACAGCCCCAGACAAAGAGGGUGAGCCGCUCACAACUACACCACUGGGAAUCAUAUAACCAUUCAGGAAACCCAAAUUAAUGUUAGUCAUAAAAUCAUACCUGUUUUAUCCAAGGAGUGAACAAAUACUGGCUACUUCACUUAAAAGGGGCAAAAUGCAAUUGAACUUGAGUGUGGACUAAAAUGACUAUUCCUUUAAAUACAGGUCAAAGCCACAAAUAGAGUUCAAUGUGUCAAAUCGGAGGGCCUGUUGUCUGGACCUCUGGCAGUCGCUAUGGUGGUGCCACAGGGUUCAAUUCUCGGGCCGACUCUAUUCUCUGUGUAUAUCAAUGAUGUCGCUCUUGCUACUGGUGACGCUCGGAUCCACCUCUAUGCGGACGACACCAUUUUGUAUACAUCUGGCCCUUCAUUGGACACUGUGUUAACAAACCUCCAAAUGAGCUUCAACGCCAUACAACACUCCUUCCGUAGCCUCCAACUGCUCUUAAACACUAGUAAAACUAAAUGCAUGCUCUUCAACCGAACACUGCUUGCACCCGCCCACCCGACUAGAAUCACUACUCUCGGCGGGUCUGACCUAGAGUAUGUGGACUACAAAUACAUACAGUGGGGAGAACAAGUAUUUGAUACACUGCCGAUUUUGCAGGUUUUCCUACUUACAAAGCAUGUAGAGGUCUGUAAUUUUUAUCAUAGGUACACUUCAACUGUGAGAGACGGAAUCUAAAACAAAAUUCCAGAAAAUCACAUUUUAUGAUUUUUAAGUAAUUAAUUUGCAUUUUAUUGCAUGACAUAAGUAUUUGAUCACCUACCAACCAGUAAGAAUUCUGGCUCUCACAGACCUGUUUGUUUUUCUUUAAGAAGCCCUCCUGUUCUCCACUCAUUACCUGUAUUAACUGCACCUGUUUGAACUCGUUACCUGUAUAAAAGACACCUCUCCACACACUCAAUCAAACAGACUCCAACCUCUCCACAAUGGCCAAGACCAGAGAGCUGUGUAAGGACAUCAGGGAUAAAAUUGUAGACCUGCACAAGGCUGGGAUGGGCUACAGGACAAUAGGCAAGCAGCUUGGUGAGAAGGCAACAACUGUUGGCGCAAUUAUUAGAAAAUGGAAGAAGUUCAAGAUGACGGUCAAUCACCCUCGGUCUGGGGCUCCAUGCAAGAUCUCACCUCAUGGGGCAUCAAUGAUCAUGAGGAAGGUGAGGAAUCAGCCCAGAACUACAUGGCAGGACCUGGUCAAUGACCUGAAGAGAGCUGGGACCACAGUCUCAAAGAAAACCAUUAGUAACACACUACGCCGUCAUGGAUUAAAAUCCUGCAGCGCACGCAAGGUCCCCCUGCUCAAGCCAGCGCAUAUCCAGGCCCGUCUGAAGUUUGCCAAUGACCAUGGGAGAAGGUCAUGUGGUCUGAUGAGACAAAAAUAGAGCUUUUUGGUCUAAACUCCACUCGCCGUGUUUGGAGGAAGGAGAAGGAUGAGUACAACCCCAAGAACACCAUCCCAACCGUGAAGCAUGGAGGUGGAAACAUCACUCUUUGGGGAUGCUUUUCUGAAAAGGGGACAGGACGACUGCACCGUAUUGAGGGGAGGAUGGAUGGGGCCAUGUAUCGCGAGAUCUUGGCCAACAACCUCCUUCCCUCAGUAAGAGCAUUGAAGAUGGGUCGUGGCUGGGUCUUCCAGCAUGACAACGACCCGAAACACACAGCCAGGGCAACUAAGGAGUGGCUCCGUAAGAAGCAUCUCAAGGUCCUGGAGUGGCCUAGCCAGUCUCCAGACCUGAACCCAAUAGAAAAUCUUUGGAGGGAGCUGAAAGUCCGUAUUGCCCAGCGACAGCCCCGAACCCUGAAGGAUCUGGAGAAGGUCUGUAUGGAGGAGUGGGCCAAAAUCCCUGCUGCAGUGUGUGCAAACCUGGUCAAGACCUACAGGAAACGUAUGAUCUCUGUAAUUGCAAACAAAGGUUUCUGUACCAAAUAUUAAGUUCUGCUUUUCUGAUGUAUCAAAUACUUAUGUCAUGCAAUAAAAUGCAAAUUAAUUACUUAAAAAUCAUACAAUGUGACUUUCUGGAUUUUUGUUUUAGAUUCUGUCUCUCACAGUUGAAGUGUACCUAUGAUAAAAAUUACAGACCUCUACAUGCUUUGUAAGUAGGAAAACCUGCAAAAUCGGCAGUGUAUCAAAUACUUGUUCUCCCCACUGUAGGUGUCUGGUUAGACUGUAAACUCUCCUUCCAGACUCACAUUAAGCAUCUCCAAUCAAAAGUUAGAUCUAGUUCGCAAACAAAGCCUCCUUCACUCAUGCUGCCAAACAUGCCCUCGUAAAACUGACUAUCCUACUGAUCCUUGACUUCGGCGAUGUCAUUUACAAAAUAGCCUCCAACACUCUACUCAGAAAGCUGGAUGUAGUCUAUCACAGUGCCAUCCGUUUUGUCACCAAAGCCCCAUAUACUACUCACCAUUUUGACCUGUACACUCUUGUUGCCUGGCCCUCACUACAUAUUCGUCACCAAACCCACUGGCUCCAGGUCAUCUAUAAAUCACUGCUAGGCAAAUCCCCGCCUUAUCUUAGCUCACUGGUCACCAUAGCAACACCCACCCGUACUCUGCGCUCCAGCAGGUAUAUCUCACUGGUCAUCCCCAAAGCCAACACCUUUGGCCGCCAUUCCUGGAACAAACUGCAAAAAUCUCUGAAGCUGGAGACUCUUAUCUACCUCACUAACUUUAAGCAGCAGUUGUCAGAGCAGCUUACCGAUCACUGCACCUGUACAUAGCCAUUCUGAAAUUAGCCCACCCAACUACCUCAUCCCCAUAUUGUUAUUUAUUUAGCUAAUUUGCACCCCAGUAUCUCUAUUUGCACAUCAUCUUUUGCACAUCUAUCAUUCCAGUGUUAAUACGAAAUUGUUACUAUUUUGCACUAUGGCCUAUUUAUUGCCUUACCUCCAUAAUUUACUACAUUCACACACACUGUAUAUAUAUUUUCUGUUGUAUUUUUGACUUUUUGUUUUGUUUACCCCAUAUGUAACUCUGUGUUGUUGUUUUUAUCGCACUGCUUUGCUUUAUCUUGGCCAGGUCGCAGUUGUAAAUGAGAACUUGUUCACAACUGGCUUACCUGGUUAAAUAAAAAUAAAAUAUAAAAUAGAGCUACUCCACAGGGCUUUAUACAUUAGCCUUUCCCUAGAGGUUAAGGGUGCUCAUUAUUCUACUCCAAAGUGGCCUCCAGGCUGCUGAUUAAUUGGCCAGCUUUAAGUGAAAAUUUGCAGUUGCACCUCAGGCUAUUUUUAGAGAUCAGAAGUUGUCAAUUACGAUUAAUCUGGGACCUUGAUUGCGUCUUGAGAGUUGUAUAUUUCCACCAGGUUCCCAUAGGAUUUAAGACAUGAUUGUCUUGAGUUGGGGUUAUUAGACACUGGAUCAAAUAAAAUCAAAUGAUCUACAUAUGUUUUUUAAUAUAUUAGUCAAAUGCUUACUUACGUGCCCUUCCCAACAAUGUAGAGAGAAAUAAUAGAAAAGUAAAAACACGUAAUAAUAAAUACACAAUGAGUAACGAUAACUUGGCUAUAUACAUGGGGUACCAGUACAGAGUCAAUGUGCAGGGGUACGAAGUAAUUGAGUUGAGUAUGUACAUAUAACUUGGAAUAAAGUAACAGAUAAUAAACAGUAGCAGCAGUGUAUGUGAUGGGUAAAAAAAAAGUUUGUGCAAAAAGGGUCAAUGCAGAUAGUCCGGGUAGCUAUUUCGUUAACUAUUUAACUAACUAUUUAGCAGUCUUAUGGCUUGGGGGUAAAAGGGUCCUGUUGGUUCCAUACUACGCUUGCCGUGCAGAGAGAACAGUCAAUAAUUUGGGUUUAGGGCCUUCCUUUGAAAAUGUUUAGGGCCUUCCUCUGACACCGCCUGCUAUAGAGGUCCUGGAUGGCAGGGAGCUCGGCCCCAGUGAUGUACUGGGCCGUACACACUGCCCUCUGUAGCGCCUUGCCGUUGGAUGCCAAGCAGUUGCCAUACCAAGCGGUUAUGCAGCCAGUCAAGAUGCUCUCAAUGGUGCAGCUGUAUAACUUUUUGAGGAUCUGAGGGCCAUGCCAAAUCUUUUCAGCCUCCUGAGGGGAAGAGGUGUUGUUGUACCCUUUUCACGACUGUGUUGGAGUGUGUUGACCAUGAUAGAGCCUUAGUAAUGUGGACACAGAAGAACUUGAAGCUGUCGACCCGCUCCACUACAGCCCGUCAAUGUGCAUGGGGGGUGUGCUCGGCCCUCCGUUUCCUGUAGUCCACGAUCAGCUCCUUUGUCUUGCUGAUGUUGAGGGAAAGGUUGUUGUCCUGGUACCACACUGCCAGGUCUCUGACCUCCUCCCUACAGGCUGUCUCAUUGGCAUCGGUGAUCAGGCCUACCACCAUAAUGUUGUCGGCAAACUUAAUGAUGGUGUUGGAGUUGUGGGUGAACAGGAAGUACAGGAGGUGACUAAGCACGUACCCCUGAGGGGCCCCCGUGUUGAGGGUCAGCGUGGCGGUGAUGUUGUUGCCUACCCUCACCACCUGGGGGCGGCCCUUCAGGAUGUCCAGGAUCCAGUCGCAGAGGGAGGUGUUCAGUACCAGGGUCCUUAGCUUAGUGAUGAGCUUGGAGGGCACUAUGGUGUUGAACGCUGAGCUUUAGUCAGUGAAGAGCAUUCUCACAUAGGUGUUCCUCUUGUCCAGGUGUGAAAGGGCAGUGUGGAGUGCAUUAGAGAUAAUCUGUGGAUCUGUUGGGGGCGGUGUCUGGGAUGAUGUUGUUGAUGUGAGCCAUAACCAGCCUUUCAAAGCAUUUCAUGGCUACAGAUGUGAGUAGUCAUUUAGACAGGUUACCUAUGGCGUUCUUGGGCACAGGGAUAAUGGUGGUCUGCUAGAAACAGGUAGGUAUUACGGACUGUGUCAGGGAGAGGUUGAAAAUGUCACUGAAGACACUUGCCAUCUGGUCAGCGCAUGCUCUGAGUAUGCGUCCUGGUAAUUCGUCUGGCCCAGCAGCCUUGUGAAUGUUAAGCUGUUUAAAGGUCUUACUCACAUCAAAUGUUAUGCAGAAUCGUCUCUUCUUUAUUCUUGCACAACAUCAAGUAACGGAUUCUUGAUUACAAGUACCUUUCCAUGUUAAUGCAGAUCUAUAUUAACGCUGGGCAACUGUGCUUAAGAGCCAUUGUUACAAUGUGGCUGUUUUAUCACAAUAUCAAAUCAUUUCUGGGUAACAAUUUAAGUACCUGACUUUGAUUGUUUUCAAUUAAAAUGGUCAAAAAGACACCGCUUCUUAGCAAAGAGCAAUUUCUCAAGCACUAAUUUUGCUAGGGCUGUCUGGGAGUGGGGAGGGGACACUGAACUAGCUAAUGGAGUUUUGAACGCUUUCUUAUUGGUCCCACCAAAACAUGCUGAAAUUUCAGACUGUGUUUUCGAACAACUCUUUCACUAAAAGGGCUUUAUCAUUUUCACAAUUUGACAGUAUUAUUCCAUCCUCAUAGUGUGGAAAUUAUAAAUAAAACACAGAAAAAUCUAGUUUUUGACUGCACUGGGCCUUUUUUGGAAACUAUAGUAGGACUACAUUACCCACAAUGCACCUGGUAACAUGUCUGGUUUUGUCAUAAUGCAGUUACACUACAGGCCAAGGUGUCCGUCUCUUUGUGCUACAAAACGGUGUCGAAGGUAAAAGGAAGCUGUAUCCACCCCAUUAUCCACAACUGUGCAUGGCGCCGGCCACUCUCACGCUGUCCCUUUUAUUUCAAGUCCCAAACUAACCCUCAUAUCCUGUGAAAUAAUGCUGCUUUCAAAUAAAGCAAGACUCCAUCCCCAACAACAAUUGUGCACCUCAUGGCUCUAUGCUGCCCCCCAUUUAUUCCACCUCCCAAACUAACUCGAUAGCAUUAGCCUCUCUCCAGCAAAAUUGUGAAUAGGCUAGGGGCCAUAUUGACUUGCAAAUUCUUUUGGAGGGUAUACUCAGUUGAAGAUUCUGUGGUGGUUCCUUCACCGCCAGUCCUCAAAUAUGAAAUUACAUUGAAUUAAUCAGAUCCAAUGAUCUGGUGCCUAUGUUAAUGACCGGAAUAGGUUUGCAUUCGGUCCAUUCUGAAAUAGGCUAAUCUAACCUUGUGUUGGCAGGUUCAAAGAAAUCUGAGUGGCCGUCUGGGACAAGAGACCGUAUCACACCUGCGAGGAAGGACGCAGGAAAAAGGACCCAGUAUUAAUCCCUGAGGCACACCACGAUUCAUACAGUACUGGUCCUUUCAUCCUUCAUCCUUCAGCCUUAAUGGACCCAGACCCCGUCACCAGCGGAUGAAAGGAGCUGAAAAAGGAGGAAGGGGCCAUUGA